AUGUUUUCUCUAACAAGCAUGCCUUCAACAACAUCAGUCCUAUCAACCUACACCACCUUCGCUGCAGGAGCAAUGCUGCUCAGGACAGUGAUCAAUGAGGUCCAGACCAUAACCAGCCAGUUCAUUCCCCAAAAACUCCAAGACAAAAUCCUUGCCACAAUUGGAGGCCUUUUGGGUAAUCUUCCCAACUCUCAAAUGACUCUUAUCAUUGAUGAACGCAGUGGCCUCUCUGUCAAUGAGAUUUACCAGGCCUCAGAAAUCUACUUAAGCACAAGGAUCGCCCCUUCAAUUGAACAGCUUAAGGUUUCCAAGGCUCCAAGCCAGAACAACUUCUCUGUUACCAUCAACAGAGGCGAAAAGCUUAUCGAUGAAUUCGAAGGAAUCAAGUUGAGAUGGGAAUUCUGUUGUACUGAAACCAAGAGCACACAUCAUGACUAUGAAGACUAUUCUUCCUCAACAGAAGUGUCUGAGCACAGGUCAAUUCAGCUCAGCUUCCAUAAGACAUACAGAGAGAAGGUGUUGAGCACUUAUCUGCCAUAUGUUGUAGACAGGUCAAACGCCAUACAAGAAGAAAGAAAAGUGGUUAAGCUUCAUGCUCUGGGGAACUUUAAUGAAGAGUAUAAUGCAGGUCCCUGGGGAUCGGUCAUCUUUGAUCAUCCAUCUACUUUUGACACAUUGGCAAUGGAUCCAAAGCUUAAGGAGGAGUUGAUUGAUGACUUGGACAGGUUCGUGAGGCGAAAAGAGUUUUACAGGAGAGUAGGCAAGGCAUGGAAACGUGGGUACCUGUUGUAUGGCCCUCCUGGUACAGGGAAGUCUAGCUUGAUUGCAGCCAUGGCUAAUUACCUCAAGUUUGACAUCUAUGACUUGGAGCUUACGCAUCUGCGUAGCAACUCCGAGCUCAGGAGGCUGUUAGUCUCCACUGCAAACCGAUCAAUACUGGUAAUUGAGGAUAUUGAUUGUAGCAUCGAAUUGAAGGACAGAGAAUUUGGAGGCGGCAACCCCAAUGACAGCCAGUUAACUCUAUCUGGGUUGCUGAAUUUCAUUGAUGGGUUAUGGUCAAGCUGUGGAGAUGAGAGGAUAAUCGUGUUUACGACCAACUACAAGGACCAACUAGAUCCUGCAUUGUUGAGACCAGGCCGCAUGGAUAUGCACAUUCACAUGUCCUACUGUACACCAGGGGGAUUCAAGAUCCUUGCUUCAAACUACCUCGGAAUAAAAACUCACCGUUUCUUUGACAAAAUUGAAGCAUCCAUUAGGGAGGUGGAGGUGACUCCCGCAGAGAUUGCGGAAGAACUCAUGAAAAGUGAAGACACCGAUACGGUGCUUGGAGGACUUGUUGCAUUCCUCAAGAACAAGAAACAGAUGGACAGUAAUGCAGGAGUCAAUGUUGAAGAAACAAAAGAAGUCCAUGAACAAGAGAAAUAAUGCCUGGAAAACAAGGAGCUAAUAUAUAGAGAAAUGGAAAAUAAUCUCCACCUUCAGUUGAAUAACUUGAGAAAUUCCCUUUCCUUCAAAUAAUUUAUGUUCCGAUUUCAUUAAAAUAUAUUGCAGACUACAACUUUUCCAUAUCUUUCGUAUGGUCUCAGUCCCUAUGAGCAAAACAACCAAGCAAGUAUGAUAAAAAUAGUAGAAGAGCUUUAUACUAAAACUAACCACUUGAAUUAUGAUAAACAUAAUACAUGUAUUCCUACCUGAAAGAGAAAAGUAAACCAAAAUCCAUAGAUUACAGGGGCCUGUACAUUCUGCUCUUUGAGAAAAGAGAAUAAAAAAGAAUAACUAGGAAUGCCCAUAAGAAGAGAACAAAGGAAAUGAAAAGAUGAUACAACAGAAAUUUACAGCACCGUGGGACUUAACACUGGUAAACAGAAUAGCUUUUGCUCUUCCACAAAAACCUAAAAGGUUUGCUCAUCUUUCUUCUUGAGACUGAUUUGCAUAGUGGCUUUGAUUCUGGAACAGACAUUGGCUUGUCGCUAUUUU